UUUGAAAACGGCGAUGUUUAGACUGAUUUGGUUACAGGGAUUUGUGCAUUUGGGAAGGUUUGGCCGGACGAGCCACGUCACACAGCGUGAAUCCAUCUAUUGGUCAAACACAAGCAUAUGCUGCUCCUUUUUCCUCCCUAUGGCAGUUUUACGCCCCAAACAGUAAAUAAUAUUUUUGCCCAAUCAGCUUAACAAACCUUCGAGAAACACUUUUAUGUUUGUCAUAUGCAUCUUUAAUCGGCUUUGCAUUCGUUUCUGGCAGUCGUUGCCUUUGUGUUGGUUUCUUUUGCAUCACUUUUCGAGACAAUGGAGUCUCUUCGCCAUCAGCGCUUACAGCCCGGUAUCGGAUACGGAGCGAGCGCGACCGGGACUCUCCGGUCCCUGCGGCCCGGUGUAACCGGCACUCUUUCCUCGGCUCAGGGUUCCCACAUCUCGGUGUCUGCCUCCCCGGGGCCGCCGCCACCACCGCCGCCGCUCCAGCUCCACAGCCUCGGGUCCGGUAUCAUGGGCAGCGGGUUCGGUUCGGUAGACAUGUCGGCGGGUCUGGGUCUGUCCAAUCCUAGCAACCCGGCGGUUCUGAGAGAGGCAGUGGACGCGGUGGUCCGGAGCUUUGCCAAACACACGCAAGGAUACGGCAGGGUGAAUGUCGUGGAGGCCUUGCAGGAGUUCUGGCAGAUGAAGCAGUCACGAGGUGCUGACCUGAGGAACGGGGCUCUUGUCGUCUAUGAGAUGGUCCCAUCCAACAACCCCCCUUACGUCUGCUACGUCAGUCUCCCCGGGGGAAGUUGCUUUGGGAGUUUUCAGUUCUGCCCGACCAAAGCUGAAGCAAGACGAAGCGCGGCCAAAAUUGCCCUAAUGAAUUCUGUUUUCAAUGAGCAUCCAUCUCGACGCAUCACAGAUGAGUUCAUAGAGAAGAGUGUGUGUGAGGCUCUAGCCUCUUUUAAUGGAAACAGAGAAGAAGCGGAUAACCCUAGUACAGGCAUCGGUGCUUUUCGGUUCAUGUUAGAGUCUAAUAAGGGGAAAUCUAUGCUAGAGUUCCAGGAACUGAUGACAGUUUUCCAGCUUCUCCAUUGGAAUGGUAGUCUGAAAGCCAUGAGAGAAAGGCAGUGCUCUCGUCAGGAAGUGCUUGCUCAUUACUCCCACCGAGCGCUAGACGAUGAUAUGCGCACACAAAUGGCCGCCGACUGGGUCAGUCGAGAACACGUUUUAUCCGGUACCAUCAAUCGAGAGAUGGCCGCCACCGAGCGCGAGCUGGAAGAGGCCCGUCUGGCAGGACGGGAGCUGCGCUUUUAUAAAGAAAAGAAAGACAUUCUGCUAAUGGCAGUGGGGCAGCUAGGUGGGUCAAACACUUCAACUCUGCCCUGCACAUGCUGAAGAGUAUGAAGACGUGUCAGACGUGCCGUAUGAUUGUACCAGAUAGCACUCCAAAUCUCAAAACAGUCUUUUUUAACUUGUGUUUGUGUGUGAGGAGGAGUCAAAGAAUCAGCAUUUUGAAUGAUUCCACAGACAAGUUUCUGUCCUUUUGAUUUGAACAUGUAAGGCAUUUUAAACUUGGAACAGAAUUAAGCGCUAUAUUGCUAUUAUUACUAUACCAGUAUUAUCCUCCAGUGUUAUCGGUUGACUGUACUGGCACAUGGACCUAGUAUGUCGGGGAAAAUCCAUUUCGAGGCCUUCUUUGCAUUGUACUACUCAUGAAUCCUAUUUUAUGUGGGCGCUGCUUUUUUUAGCUAAUUCGCCAAAUCACUGCCUAUUCGCUUCUCUUAGGAGAUACAGUUGUGAGGUCAAGUCACCUUCAUAGCUACAGAUUGAUCACAGUGAUACAGUUGUUUUCAGUAGUCUGCAUUUACAUUCACAUAAUAGCCUUGCUCAUUUAUUUUGGGAAUAUACAAGCCUUUGCUUUGUAGUGUUUAUGUAAACACACAUUUAUACAGUACUUUUAAAUUAGCUAAACCUUUCUACAAGAGCCAAAUGCCUUAGCAUAAAUGUUUGCUAAGGAAGCAACCUCACAAUGUUUUCAUAAUACAAAGGUCAGAUUUUCUUACACACUGUCACUGGCACAGGAAACAUAGCAAGGCCAUUUCCUCCAGCCUUCUUCUUGCAUAGAAAAACUGAAUCGGUGCCCUCAUUACAUUGCCUUCUGUUACUUUCGUGAUUGUAGAGCAAUCAUGCUCAAGGCAACAUUUUAUUUCUACCUCCUUUCUGAAAGCUUUGGUGAACAUUUAUUAGCAUAUACACAUAAAAGUGCAGAUUGGAUUUGUGUUAAAGGAAUAGUUCACCCCAAAAUGAAAAUUUGCUGAUAAUGCACUAACCCUAAAGCUAUUCAAGAUGUAGAGUUUGUUUCUAUAUCAGAACAGAUUUGGAGAAAGUUAGCAUUACAUCACUUGCUCACCAAUGGA